CUCGGUCCGGCCAAAAGUUGAUUGGCAGGUGCAGUGAUCCGAAGAUAAACCUCGUAGUACGAGCGACCGUUCGGACGCUAAGGCACGAAGGAGCCGCGGGCCGAGCUCAGGGAGGGGUCGGAGGCACAGACAAAGCUCUAGACUCCGGGCCCUGUCCCCUGAGCUCUGCCCUCGUAUGUCCACCGUCCACAGCCUGCAUGCGCCGUGGGGCGCCCCAGGACCAGGAGCUGGUGGGCCCGGGGGCUCCUGGGCGGGGUUCCCGGGGCGCCCCUCCUCCCUCCGGACUUGUCCCGGUCCUCGUCUUUCCCCCGGACCUGGUAUUCAGGGCGGACCAGCGGAGCGGACCCCGGCAGCUGCUGACCCUCUAUAACCCCACGGGAGCUGCGCUUCGCUUCCGAGUCCUCUGCACAGCACCUGCCAAAUACACCGUGUUUGACGCAGAAGGCUAUGUGAAACCUCAGUCCUGCAUUGACAUUGUGAUUCGCCACGUGGCCCCCAUUCCCAGCCACUAUGACGUCCAGGACCGCUUCCGCAUUGAGCUGUCUGAGGAAGGAACUGAGGGUCGAGUGGUGGGGCGCAAGGACAUCACCUCGGUUCUGAGGGCCCCAGCCUACCCCCUUGAGCUUCAGGGACAGCCUAACCCAACACCCCACCCAGGGCCUCCUUCCUGGACAGCACCACCCACGGCCAGACACUUCCCAGAGAACCGCCACCCACAACUGGCCACCAGCUCCUUCCUCCUCUUCUUGCUGACGGGCAUAGUCUCUGUGGCCUUCCUGCUGCUCCCGCUCCAGGACGAGCUUGGCAGCCAGCUGCCCCAAAUCCUGCAUGUCUCCCUGGGACAGAAGUUGGUGGCAGCCUACGUCUUGGGACUCCUCACCAUGGUGUUCCUGCGGACCUGAGCUCCCUGCUCCACCCGCCCUCCUCCGGGGGCAGGGACUUGGACAUGCACAUGAGACAGCCACUGUGAUGUUCAUGCCUCGCCUCACUUCUACUCCCUCUUCUUCCUGCCCAUCCUCCCUCCCCCAAGCACCCAAGGAUUUGUAUUCAUUUUCCAAAUUGAAUAAAAUACAUUUUUAAAAUUAAACUGAGAAA